AUGAUGGCCACCAUCGGUUACAUCGCCCCCUUCUACGGCACGCUGCCUGGCGACUUGUCCCCCUCGAAAGGCAUCCACUUCGCGGACAUUCCCAUGGGAGUGCAGGCGGCCACUAAGAUCCCCAGCGGCGGGCUUUUGCAGAUCUUUCUGUCUGCGGCGCUGAUCGAGUUUGGUCUCGGGGGCGACAGGGGCAUCGAGGAGUGGAAGAGCGGCCCUGCUGGCGACUACGGCAAGGGCUUCCUGGGCAUGUUCGGGCCAGUGAUGGAUCCAGAGAAGAAACAGCGCUCCUUGAACGCUGAAAUCGCGAACGGGCGCCUAGCCAUGGUAGCAAUUACCGGCAUGGUCCUUCAAGAGGGUGUCGCGGGAGGCACGGGCAUCGAGAUGUGGGUGCCCCCGGCCGCCUUCGAGAGCGAGCUCGGCGUGCAGGAUCCGGUUGGCUUCUGGGAUCCCGCCGGAUUCACAGCGGAUGGUAGCACGGAGAAUUUCGCCCGCCGCCGCCAGACUGAGUUGAAGCACGGCCGCGUGUCGAUGCUGGCGACCAUGGGCUACAUCACCCCGGAGAUCACCGGAAAGCUGCCAGGCUAUCUGUCGCCUAGCGCAGGGCUCAAGUUUGCGGACGUCCCGAACGGCCUCGGUGCGAUCUCCAAGGUUCCCGCGGCGGGCUGGGCGCAGAUCGUGGCGUACGGCGCUUUCUGCGAGCUGUCGCAGGACCAGUCCGCUGGCACCGCCGCCGCGGCGGGUGACUUCGGCUUCAAGGUGCUGACGUCCAGCGACGCCGCGGAGAAGCAGAAGAAGCUUGCGGCGGAGAUCGCCAACGGCCGCCUGGCCAUGAUGGCGAUCAUCGGAAUGUUUUUUCAGGACGGCCUGACCGGCUCUCGCGUGGGGCGACUGGGCGCUCUACACGGGCUCCCCCUUGCGCGCCUUUGA